AUGGCCAUGGCCGCCUCCUCCCGGCUGCUGUGGGCGUCCCGCGCCGCCGCCUACCUCAGGAUCUCCACCUUCCCCAGGGCCUUCUCCACCGUGCUGAAGGAUCUGAAGUAUGCUGACACCCAUGAAUGGGUGAAGGUUGAGGGUGAUUCAGCAACCGUGGGGAUUACUGACCAUGCCCAGGAUCAUUUGGGUGAUGUUGUCUAUGUGGAGUUGCCAGAAGUUGGCGUCAGUGUAUCCCAGGGAAAGAACUUUGGUGCCGUUGAGAGUGUGAAGGCAGCCAGUGAUAUCAACUCACCAGUAUCUGGAGAGGUAGUUGAAGUGAAUGAGAAACUAAGCGAGGAACCUGGAUUGGUGAAUGCAAGCCCAUAUGAGAAGGGAUGGAUUAUCAAGGUCAAGCUCAGCGAUUCAGGUGAGCUCAAUUCGCUCAUGGAUGAUGGGAAGUACUCAAAAUUCUGCGAAGAAGAAGACAACCAUUGA